ACGAGUUAGCGUGGACGUGUGAUUUUUACUUGAGAUACAAUCGAUAUCACGUGUUAGACGAGCGAUUUUUUUUUGCUGGUGUAUCUUUAACAUUUCACAUCGUUACCUGUACGGUGGUUGGUCAUAAAUUACCUGAACUAAAUUUCAACACAAAGAUCCUUUCGUAAAUUCAGAGAGUCGUAAAGAAAAUGGCAUAAAAAGGAAAAAAUCCCGAAAGUACCUCGAGUUCUCAAAAAACCCCGAUUUGUAAUACGGAGUGAGUGUUCCCCCGAGCUGUAAUACGUAAUUUUGUGAAUCAUAGUGGAAAGUGAUAAGCCCUUGUUUUUGUGCACUACUCGGUUUUGUAAUCUCAAAGGAAUUCUAGUCGCAACUUCGACAACUCAAGGAGUAAACAUAUCACAAUUACCAGAAAUACUAAAAGUGAUUGUGCACCAUCUCAAUCACGGAUCCAUCAAUCAUCAUCAUCUAGCGGAUCUUCGAUUCAACGAUCAUCAAACUGGAACCCUAUGACAUAACAGCAAUGUACGCCUAUGCACCACCGCAAGGUGGUGGUGCACAAGUACCACCACAUCACUAUGCAUCCCCACCGGCCUAUCUACCUCAUCAUCAUCAUCAUCACUCACCUCACCACUCAUUACAUCACUUGGCCAGCAUAGAUGGAAGUCCUUUGGGAUCAGCCCACUCAACAAUUGGUGUCAGUGCUAGUGCAAGUGGUGUUGCAGGUGUUGUAGGAGUUGGAGGAGUUGGUCCUUGUUCAACUCCUACAGUGAUUCCUAGUAGUUUAUCGACAAUGCUUCCACCGCCUGGAAGUGGCGGUGGAGGUAGUGGUAGUGUUGGUGUUUCGCAACAUAUUCCAACAGCAUCGCAUUCACAUGAUUUGGUGGUGGGUGGUGCUAGCGGCGCUCCUGGGAUGCAUCAUCCACAUGGUCUUGAACCACAAUUAACUGAAUUAACAUCGCAGGCGAAAAGAAGAAGAUCAGAUGAGGAAGAGUCAAGCUCAAAUAAGUACAACAGAAUGGAUGAAGAUAACAUGCAAGAUAAGGAGCGAUACGCAAGUCGAGAAAAUCAUUGUGAAAUCGAAAGAAGACGACGGAAUAAGAUGACUGCCUACAUAACUGAAUUAUCCGAUAUGGUACCUACAUGCAGUGCAUUAGCUAGAAAACCUGAUAAAUUGACAAUAUUACGUAUGGCGGUUGCUCAUAUGAAAGCGUUAAGAGGCACUGGAAAUACAAGUAGCGAUGGCACCUACAAGCCAUCAUUCCUAACAGAUCAAGAACUGAAGCAUCUCAUAUUGGAAGCUGCCGAUGGUUUCCUCUUUGUUGUCUCAUGUGAUUCAGGGCGUGUCAUUUACGUCUCAGAUUCAGUGAUGCCCGUUCUAAAUCAUACACAAAACGACUGGUACGGGACAAGUAUGUACGACAACAUUCACCCGGACGACCGGGAAAAAGUACGUGAACAACUUUCAACACAGGAGCCCCAAAACACUGGUCGAAUAUUAGAUUUGAAAACGGGAACCGUGAAAAAGGAGGGACAUCAAUCAUCCAUGAGACUCUGUAUGGGAGCGAGGCGUGGCUUCAUCUGCCGAAUGAAAGUUGGCAACGUGAAUCCCGAAAAUAUGGUAACCGGCCAUUUGAAUCGUUUAAAGCAACGUAACUCACUAGGACCUUCACGCGAUGGACAAAACUAUGCCGUUGUCCAUUGUACGGGCUACAUUAAAAAUUGGCCACCAACCGAAAUGUUUCCAGGCGUUCAAAUGGAUCGGCAAAGUGAAGAAGAUAUGCAUUCACAUUGUUGCCUGGUCGCUAUCGGUCGACUUCAAGUUACAUCUUCCGCGAACUCAUCAGAUUUGAGCGGUUCAAAUAAUCAAUCGGAAUUUAUAUCACGCCACGCCAUGGAUGGAAAAUUUACAUUUGUAGAUCAACGUGUGAUGAAUAUCCUCGGCUAUGCUCCUACAGAAUUAUUAGGGAAAAGCUGUUAUGAUUUCUUCCAUGUUGAGGAUCAUAGUCAUAUGAAAGAGAGUUUUGAGCAGGUGUUAAAACAGAAGGGGCAAAUGUUUUCACUGAUGUAUAGAUUUCGAGCGAAAAAUCGAGAAUAUGUAUGGCUGCGGACGCAAGCUUAUGCAUUUUUGAAUCCAUAUACCGAUGAUGUGGAGUAUAUAGUCUGUACAAAUAGUUCUGCAAAAACAAUGCAUACUACACAUGAGACGCCUGCUCCUGAACCCCAUUCAGAACAUGUCUAUUCUACACCAACAGCCGCACCAAAUAGUACAGCCCCCGGUGGGGUGUAUAAUACGCAUGGAAUGGCACAAAAUACAGUGGCCUAUAGUUAUGAACCAACACCUUCGCCAAUUGGAUAUGGUUCACCCGGUGCUCCGCCUCCAGCAGGCUCUGCCCAUCACAGGAUACCAAAAGCAAACACUUCACCAACUCCGGCGGCAGCGGCCUGGUCUCUUCGACAACAGCAGCCCGUCACCGAAGGCUAUCAAUAUAACCAAUUGAGUCCGUCACGAUCACCAAGUGGACCAACCUAUACCCAACUAAGCGCAUCUCGUCAAUCGACGGGCUACCACACUGGAACUCCCGCCCAGCCGAAUCCAGCUAUUUGGGGUUGGCAAAAUGCUACACAAACAGCGGACCCCGGUCCUGGUUCUGGUAGUUCGGGGGGUGGCCAUCCAGCCGUAGUAGUUCAAGGACAACCGCAUGUUCAAGCGCCCCCACAACAAGGCCAAGAACUUUCAGAUAUGUUACAAAUGCUCGAUCAGAGUGGAGCUCCUUCAUUCGAGGAUAUCAAUAUAAAUAUGUUCAAUGCUACGUUCGAAUAAUGUAAGGGGCGCAGCCUAGAUCUAGAGUAUGAAAAGAAAAAAUGAAUGCGCACCUUCAAUGGGAAUGUUGCAAUGAAAUGAAACGAGAAAAUAUGUAAAUUACCAUCAACUUGAAAUUAACGAAUACAAAAAUGUAUAUUGAACAUUCACUUACUUUGGUAAAAAGCUGUGGGUGCAAUCAUCACGCAAGCAAGAACUGCUCCACGAUACAGUUCGGCGAGCAAAACUUUCCUUUCUGGAAACUCACGAGGAUUCAAAAUAGUUUUAACAGAAAAUAUGUUAAUACGCAAUUCGCCCAAAUCUUGAUUAGAUGAAUUUUAAGGAACAUCUUCUGUUUGAAAAGUUGUGCAUUCUGAUUUAAAGAAAUUUAAAGAUAACUUUCUUCCACCAAUUGUACCGCACAGCCUAUCGUAAAUCAAUCUUGCGUAAUAUGCUUUGUUCAGAAGAAAUACGUUUAAUUAGAAAGAGCCUAAUUUAAAACCUAUUUUAGUUAUAGAUGAUGUGCAUGUUUAAAGAAAGCUGUAAUGUUUGCUUCGCAAGGCAACGGAGGAGAGCAUGUGCUGUGCCGCGAAAGUCAUGGAACAACAAAAACGCCAACCAGACUACGUACGUGCCAGUGGCACGUAUGACUACCGAAUGACGAAUGGGAAUGAAUGAACUAACAAAUUAGAUGGUCUCAAGGUGUUUCUGGUCUCUGAACAAAGCUUAUUAUGAUCAAAUUUAAGAAUAUAAGAUACAAAGUAUGAUAAGGUGAAAAUAUUUUAAUUUUUAGAGUUUUUUCUUAAGAAUAAUUGAUAUGAAGAACAUAAAAGUGAAAUAAGAAAUGAAUAAAGUCAAAAUUGGCGUGAGAAUAAUAAGGAAAAUAUGAAAUGAUAAAUAGGAUUAUUAUUGUCGUGUGUUUUAGAUUUAUAUUGUAUUCAUUAAUAAUUAUUUAUAAUAUUUU